AUGAUCGCUUUGUUUUGCAUAUCGUCGGUACAGUCCUGCGGUACUGGGACGUCGAAAUCCCUGCAAUUCGAGAAGUUACAAGAAGUGAUAGAUGCUUAUCCUCAUCUCUCCGUUGCUGCUCGCGCUGCCUUGCUGGAGUCUCCGUGGACCAAAGGAAACAAGAACGAUGAGAACCAGAUGUUUGGAUCUGCAAAGAAGAGAGCUGGAAAGCUUGUUGCAAGUCGUGCCCUGCAAUUCGAUACUCCCAAGAAGAUGAAUUCCAGUCAGGACAGAAUUCCUUUGAGCCUCAUGGAUAUCAACAAAGAUUCUUCACCCCACGUCAAUGUUCAGAAGAGAACAGGAGAUGAGCAUUCAAAGGCCCUUGACAUCGGAAAACGCAAACGCCUGUCUUAUCCCAAGCCCGAGAAUCCUGAAGAUGAGAACGUCACCCAGCUCCUUUUGACAUCCUACUCCUCCCAGUGUGAUCAGGAAGAGGACGCGGCAAGCCGCCAAGAAGCUGCCAAGAUGGACAAGACCCACGUGCAAGUUGAGAGUGACGAGACUAGGAAAGAAGACACCAAAGAUGGGUCACUCGAUGUAGCUGCUACUCUACCGGAGAGUGCAAGCUUACCAAAGUCUGAGCUUCCUCCUUUGACGAUCGACGAAUUGUUGUCAAUCGCACAACCAACAGCAUGUCAAGCUGAGGUCGAACGUGAUUGCAGCGACAGCCCUGUUCCUUCAAUCAAAUCCAGUUCGCUCCCAGACGAAAUUGAAAUUGAAACCUACUCGUUGCUUGUCACUGAAGCAAUGGAUCAGGUUGUGGUGCAGUCAACACUCGAGAGGGUUCUUGCGAUGGAAAUGAAGUUGACGAGUUAG